UCUGAGAAUGAACAAACAGAAGAUGAUAUACGUCGAGCAAAUUGCAAACCUUGACCAGUUCAGCCCUGAUGUCGUUGCUGUAACAGCAAAGCUGUUUGAAAAGAAGUUCCUGUACAGCAAACCACCCAACAAUGAAUGGCAGCUGCCGGAUCCCAACCAGGCGUUCACCUGCGAUCACAAGGAGUUCAGCUCCCUCGUUGCCCUGAAGGACUCCAUGAAUGAAGUCAAGAACCUGCUGAGUGACAAGAAGUUGGACCAAUGGCAUCAGCACACCUCCUUUACCAACAAAGCCGGCAAAAUCAUCAAUUAUAUCAAGAAAUCCGCAAAUGCUGAGUUGUGCACCCAAGCUUGGUGCAAAUUCCACGAGAUCCUAGGCAGCUUUCCCCUGCUCCCGAGCGACGCUCUUCAGAACGGAGAGCUCAACUCUCUCCAUCUGUGUGAAGCUCCUGGGGCAUUUAUAGCCAGCCUCAACCACUACCUCAAGUCCCACCGUAUCCCUUGUGACUGGAGCUGGGUCGCCAAUACGCUGAACCCGUACCAUGAAGCUAAUGAUACCCUCACAAUGAUUACAGACGACAGGCUUAUUGCCAACACCUUGCCCUGGUGGUAUUUUGGUCCUGAUGACACCGGGGACGUUAUGACGCUGCAACAUCUUACAGGGCUGCAACGCUUCAUAAGCAACAUGGCUGCCAUUCACUUGGUCACUGCCGAUGGGAGCUUUGAUUGCCAAGGAAAUCCCGGUGAACAAGAAGCACUUGUUUCUUCUUUACACUACUGUGAAACUGUCACUGCUUUAAUGACUCUCAGCCUCGGGGGCUCCUUUGUCCUGAAGAUGUUCACUUUGUUUGAGCACUGUUCUGUCAAUUUGCUAUUUCUCCUGAACUGCUCGUUCGAAGAGGUCCACGUUUUUAAACCAGCCACAAGCAAAGCUGGCAACUCUGAAGUCUACGUCGUUUGCCUCCGCUAUCUCGGCAGAGAGGCUAUCCAUUCACUCUUAUCCAAGAUGAUGCAGAACUUCGGGACAGAAAUGGUCAAGAAAGCCCUCUUCCCACAGCACUUAAUUCCAGAAUCUUUCCUUAAGGUCCACGAGGAAUGCUGUUCCUUCUUUCACAGGCAUCAGAUCGAGACCAUAUCUGAGAACCUCCGACUGUUUGAGGGCAUAGGCGAGGCAGAGCAGGCAAGGCUAAAUCUAUUACGGGAUUGUGCUGUGGACUUCUUCUUGAAGAGGUUCCAGAUGAAACCCCUUGCCAGAAAUAACUGGAUAGUGAAGAGGCCUCGUGUUGGCUGCAGCACGAAUACCAAAUGGUGUGGACAGAGGAGCAAAUAUUUUUGCACAUACAAUGAAAGGAAGUGGCUGGAAUCACUGUCGUGGGAAGACAAAGUGGCCAAGGGCUGCCUCAAUCAAUGGGCCGAAGAACACUCACUCACUAAUGCUGGGGAAAACUGCAUUUUGGAAGGGGCAUCAUGUGACCUGGAUUGUCACUUAUGGUACAUCUUGGAAGGCCAGAGGUUGCCAGGAGUAAAAUGUUCUCCCUUCUGUGAUGGUGAGGUUCUAAAAGCCCUCAACGAAGCACUUGAGAAGUCUUUUGUCGGUAGAGCGAGUCUUGACUCCCUCGUGAGAUGGACUCAGCCAGAGUGCCAGUCUUGUGUUCUUACACAGUCAUUGGUACUGUCUGAAUUGUCGCACCUUAUGGGGUAUCCUGAAGAGGCUCCUGAUGAAAACUGCCUUGGCCGAACCAAGUGUUUGGUUGUGGGUUUCCCGGCGCUUUGUGAUGCCGACAGCCAGUGUGUCUUGGAAGUUGAACUUCUUGAGGUGGCAUCUCUGUUGACUUUCAGCUGCUCUCUGCUCCACGAUGGAGAGCCAAAAUACCAGCAGCAGUUCCUGGAAUGCCUUCUGCGUUCGCUUCCCCAGCUUCAGAAGGGAGACGCUCUGGUUCUGCCCAUUCUGUCCUGUUUUACUCGCUUCAUGGCGGGGCUAGUGUUCAUACUGCACAGCUGCUUCCAGCGCAUCUCAUUUGUUUGCCCCACAUCAUCACAACCUUUAAGGACUAGCACCAUUCUCUUGUGCGCUGGCUAUCAGGAUCUCCCAGACCCUGUUUUCCAAUACCUGCAGCAUAUGAAUAAGCUCAUGAACUCCUUGCUGGACUCAGACUCUCAACAGCAGAUCUUGCAGUUUGUGCCAAUGGAAAAUCUUCUGAAAGGGUUGCUGUUGGAAUUUCUCUGGGACCUGAACACUACAAUCACCAAGAGGCAGUUGCAUUUGAUUAUCCAAGCUGAACAGCAACAGAUGAUUUGA